UAAUACAAAAUAUUAUACGUAGCUAUAGUUCGUGUAUUUCAACCAACUAAACGAAAUUUAGUAAAAAAAUGUAUUUAUUAGUUUCUUGUCAAUUGAUUCAAUAUGUUAAAUUUGUAUUUAAUAUUCAAAUUUAAAUAUUUACAGAUAAAGCGCUGUUAAAGUUUUUAUUUAAAAACAAGUUAUUAAUUUUUCUAGCAAAAUAUGGACCCACUCAUUGAUGAUACAAUCCCAUUUGGAGAGGAGAAUAGUGGAACAUCAGGAAAUUUACCCCACCCUUAUGUAUCAUUCUUCCAUUUAUUCUUUCGUGUUUCUGCAUUAGUGGUAUAUUUUUUUGGAGGAAUUUUCAGUCAAAGUUUCAUAACUCUAUUUGUACUAAUAAUACUAUUAUUAUCAAUGGAUUUUUGGACUGUGAAAAAUAUUACAGGACGUAUUAUGGUUGGAUUAAGAUGGUGGAAUUAUGUUGAUGAUGAUGGUGUUUCUCAUUGGGUUUUUGAGGCUAGAAAGGGAUCUGUACAGAAUCGAAUAAACCCAAGUGAAUCGAGAAUAUUUUGGGCUGGGCUGUGGUCAGUUACAGCUAUGUGGGUUUUAUUUUUUAUUAUAUCAUUUUUUAGUAUAAAUUUCAAAUGGCUGUUACUUGUGAGCAUUGCAUUGACAUUGAAUAUUGCAAAUUUAUAUGGUUACAUCAAGUGUAAAAAUGGAAAUCAAGAAAAUUUUGGUAUAUCAUCUAUGGCUAGUAAUUUUAUAUUUCAAAAUUUUGGAAAAAUGAGAGAAACUAUGUCAAGCUUAAAUGGAAUGUCUCCUGCCAACAAUCAACCAAAUGUUCGGCCAACUGGAAUUGUAUAAAAUAUUUUUAGUCUAUUUUCAGUUAUAAAAUUAUUUUUGUCAAUUAUUUAAUGUUAAAAUAUAUUUUAAUUAUAAAUCAAAUUAUUUAAUGAUA